CCAGGACAGAGGAGAGCUUCCGACAGGGCAUCCUUGCGGCCCUCGGCGGUAUCCUCGUUUCGCUGCUGCUCUUGUCCAAGGCUUAGGAGCGCUGUCGCCUUGUUUUUGGAGAUCUCUCUCACAGACCAUCUUGGCUUGAUCACGCACUGGCUCGCGAUCGAGUCAGCUCACAGAUCAGUGCGAUCAUCUCCGACCUCUCCGACUCUCUCCAUCGAUGCUUGCCAAAACGCCCGACGUAGUGGUCCGGUCUCAAGGCAUCAUCAACAUUCUGCCACAUGCCGAGAGGAUUUGGGAUAUAUAUGAACACCAAGGCGAGGCCGGCCGCGGAGUCUACGGCUCAGUGAUCAAGGUCAAGCUCCGGGCCUCGACCGCCAAGGAGCCCGUUGUUUUUGCCAUGAAGCGGACGUAUCGCGACGAAGCGAUCGCCGGAAUCCCUCCAACGGCAAUCAGAGAGAUAUCACUGCUGCAGGAUCUCCGUCAUCCAAAUGUCAUCAGGAUCGAGAGAGUCUUUAUUGCGCCAGAGUCGAUUCUGGUUGUGAUGGAGUAUGCCGACACCGAUCUGCAGAGAUACAUGGAAAAGAUUGGCGGCCCGCUGGAGCCAUGCGAGAUCAAGACACUCACACGGCAGAUGCUCGAGGGCAUCAACUACUGCCACAUGAACAGGACAUAUCACCGCGACUUGAAACCAGCCAAUAUUCUCUUACAGCGCUGCGACGGAAAGCAUGUCCUCAAGAUUGCGGAUUUUGGUCUCAGCCGACAGUUCAGCUACCCUCUGUCGCAAAAGCACACGCCAUGUGUCGUUACCAUGCUGUAUCGGGCACCCGAGGUCUUUCUUGGUGCCGCUGAGCAACAAACCUAUGCCCUGGACAUGUGGUCUGUUGGCUGCAUCUUUGCCGAAAUGUUCAAGGGGAAGCCGAUCUUUGAAGGAGAGACGAGCGAAUUCGGCAUCAUCCUUAAUAUCUUUCUCCAAACAGUGGGCGCAUCGCCCGACAUACGAAACCUGGGCGAGAAAGGACAGCAGAUCUGGACUGCUCUGGACAAGAAGCGAACCAAGCCGCAUCCGCUUUCGGACCUGGAAGAUGUGCCGCCAGGAGCCAUAGACCUGAUGAUGAAAAUGCUGGCCCUCAAUCCUCAGAAGCGCAUUACUGCCCAUGGUGCUUUGCAGCAUCCUUUUCUUCUCUAGUCAAAGCCAGAGUCCAAAACUACAAGUGUGAUUGCACUGGAGACCUGCCAUCGGCACCAAUCCGGUCUACUGACUCUGUUCUACUGCUUCGAAACAAUG